AACAUUACACCCUACAGCUUAUUUCAGUGUUCUUGCGUGUUUCUGCAUUUUCUGCAGUGAUCCCCGCGCCACCACCGCCGAGCACUGCUCCAUCGACUCCAGUUGUCACAGACAUGUCUACAAGGAUCUCUCGAUUACCCAUCGUGCCUCCAGCAACACCCGCGCCCACAACGCCAUCUACGUCAAGUACAACGACCAGGAGUACCACGUCAACAACUACCACGAAGAAGACCACGACAACGACGGCCACCACGAGGAAGACCACGGCGACGACGGCCACCACGACUGCCACGACGAGGACGACGACCACGACGACCACGACGACCACGACGACCACGACAACCACAACAACGACCACAACCACGACCACAACCACGACCACAACCACGACCACAACCACGACCACAACCACGACGACAACUACCCGCCCGCGAACUACCACCAGCUACCCUGUCGAUAAAGGUCCUCUACUCUGCACUAUCAAGGCUUCCAACCGCUACCCCGAAUACCGAAUGCAUGAUGUCGCCACGCAGCCUUUUCCGUACGCUACCCUUUGCGACUACGUCAUCGUCGACAUAGCGCAGUCACCGGAUGGCAGCUAUAACUGUAAGUGGUGA